AUGUCUUUUGCUAACAAGGAGUACCCGAAGACUAUCUGUCUUUUCGAUGUCGAUGGCACCUUAACCCCGGCCAGAUUGGAAAUUGACCCAAAGAUGAGGGAAUUGUUGGCUAAGUUGAGAGAAAAGGUUGUUAUUGGUUUCGUUGGUGGUUCUGACUUGCCUAAGCAGGUUGAGCAGUUGGGUGCCACCGUCUUGGCCGACUUUGACUACUGUUUCUCCGAAAACGGGUUGACCGCUUACAAGUUGGGCAAGGAAUUGUCUUCUCAGUCCUUCAUCGGCUGGCUCGGCCAGGAAAAGUACAACAAGUUGAUUGUCUGGAUCUUGAAGUACCUCGCCAACUUGGACUUGCCAGUCAGAAGAGGUACCUUUGUUGAGUUCAGAAACGGUAUGAUCAACAUUUCCCCUGUCGGCAGAAACGCCUCCACCCAAGAAAGAGACGACUAUGAGAAGUUUGACAAGGAACACAACAUCAGAUCAACUAUGGUUGCCGAGUUGAAGAAGGCUUUCCCAGACUACGGCUUGACCUACUCCAUUGGUGGCCAAAUCUCCUUUGACGUCUUCCCAACUGGUUGGGACAAGACCUACUGUUUGCAGCACAUUGCCGACCAACACUUUGAAAAGAUCCACUUCUUCGGUGACAAGUCUUACAAGGGCGGUAACGACUACGAAAUCUACGAGGAUGAAAGAACUAUCGGCCACGCUGUCAACUCCCCAGAAGACACCGCCAGAAUCUUGAAGGAGCUUUUCAACUUGUAG